AUGAAGAUAGUUUUGGAGAUUGAGGUAGACGACUUUAACAUUCAAGAUAUAUCUAUGGAGGUGGAAGACAGUGAGGAGGGCAAUUGUAGCUCAGAAGAUUUAUUUCUCAAGUUUGAUUUGAGAUGUGAAUUUAGGUUGAAUUCUGAGGACAUACUAGGGGAUGCCAUUACUCUUUUUAAAAAUGAGGAUAGCCCUAAGAAUUGCUUUGAAGCAUAUCAUAAGAUAAGCAAGUUGUCCCCUUUCAAGCUCACCUUUGGUUUCUGCAUAUACUCCGGGGGAUGUCACCUUUCUUUUGGUUUUGGCAUGUUGGGUAAUGGGGAGGCAUCAAAUCUUGGGAUGAGAGUUAUUUGUAAUGAGAGGAGAACCUUAGAGCCUAAAUGCUCUGAUGAGCUUGUGUAUACAGGGAAGGAGUUGGUUAUCCAUGAGCAAAUAGAUUCCAAGUUUUUCUUGGACGCACUAGUUUCUAUCCCAUUAGAAGUCCCUUCAAAGUUGUUACUACCAUGGCUGCUCUAUGUCAUUAGUGGAGAGGAAAAGGGAGAUUGGAUAGAGAUGGGAGGGGAUGAAAGUGUGGUUAAUGACUAUUUUAUGUUUGAUGAAGAAAAAUGGGUAGUCUUUAUGCACUACUACAAGGAUGUGAAUAUCCAUUUUUGUUACUGUGUUAGGGAGCAAGGAAAUUACAAGAACCCCACCAAUUAUUGUGGGUGGAGACGUCCACCUGUUGAGGAGGUGCUGUCAAAAUUAACAACUCAUUUUGUUAAGGUCCAUUCAAGACAGUGUAUAGAUGAAGCUGAAUUAGCUGAACAUGUUGUUGGUUUGACUUGCAGCCUUGCCACCUCCCAAUUUAGAAAGAAAUUAACACGACUAUCUGUAAAUGCUAAUGGAUGUCUUAUCCCCAAGGACUGUGUUGACAAGAGUUUAGUAAAAAAGAGCUUGUGGUUAAAAGCAUUGGUAGCUAUCCCAAAGGUACAACCACGAUUUGCUAUUGCUAUAAGCAGGAAAUACCCCACAAUGAAAUCUCUAUUGAAUGUUUACAUGGAUCCAAGUAAAUCAGUGCAUGAGAAGGAAUUUCUGCUCAAGGACUUGACAACAGAAGGGUUACUUGGAGAGGAUAGAAGAUUAGGUGAGGUUUGUUCCAAGAGAGUGUACAGAAUAUUAAUGGCUCAAUGUGGAAGCAUCAAAACUGAUGAUGUUGAGGAAGGAGCUGAUUUCUUCAGCCGAUCAAUCUGACUGAAUAAACUCUUCAGUGUAAUUAUUGGGAAUUGCCUCCAAGUGGAUAUAAAAGAGGUGUGUAUGUGCUAUGCUCACAAUUGAGCUCAUUGUUUAUGGUGGUUCACUAUGGGAUAAUGUUUGGAGAUAAUAGUUUCUGGAACCCACUCUCUUGAGUUGCUUUGUAACUGUGACCUAUUCUAUACAUCUCGAUGGAUUUGACUGAAUACAAGUGUUUAUUCACC